UUUUUAUAUCAUUAGUUAUGGUAGGAGACAUCAAUGCAAUCAUGACGUUCUACGAAAUAAGCUCCUUUUAUUCGCUUCACAAUAUAAAAAUAGAGCACUGUUCGAUUCAUCUAGCACAUUAAUUUACCAGAACGUUCACUUUUAUAGCUUUUAUUGCACGCGAAGAACUGGCACUAGCUAUGUCGCAAGAAAAUAUGGCGGACGUAGAAAUGAAUACAAGCGAUGGUGAAACUUCGCCAGAAAAACAGGAAACAGAUGAGCAGAUGGACGUAACUGAAGAGCCUGAACUAGACAAGUAAGAUCGUAGCUGGAUAGAAGGAGCUUUAAAACAUAAUUUUACCGAUACGCUUUUUGUUUGAUGUGUAUUUCUCUUGCAGUUUUGCGAAGGCUGAUGCUAAAAAGCAAGAAGGAAACAGAGAAUAUAUCCAGAAAAAAUAUGAAGCGGCCGUUAAAUUGUACACAGAAGCAAUAGGUAUAUUACAUAUUGCUAUUGUUUAGUUUCUGUACCAGCAAAUACCAAGGAAACUGUUAUAACUUUGGUUUAUUUGAUACAGAACUCUUGCGAUCUUUGGCCAUGUGAUUCUUUCAGAGAAACUAAAAGUUCUUCUUGCUUGUGGGAGGAAAGUAUCAUUUCACAUAAAAUUCUUACUCGGAUAGAGUUUUGUUUCAAUCCCUGUUUUGUUGAUUGCAAUAGAGUUAACAUACCACGACGUUUAAUUGUUGUUAAUUCGAACCUUUACAAUUUGCCGGCUCUUUGAGCAGGAAGUGGCCGAAACUUUAGUCUGGCUUCUUUUUAAAUAUCUUUGUCAUUUUAUUUCGUUUUAUUAGUAUUUUGUUACAUUCAUCACAGUAGUUCGAAGGCUCUACCUUAAGCUUUUUUACGGAAUUAUCUGUUAAGUGGUGUAUUUCUUUCUCAAAAACAUCUAUAAAAUUGCAACGCGGCCCGUUUAGCAAGGUUGUUUAAGGGUUACAUAAAAAUUGUAUAAGUAAUUUGGUUUAAUCAACUAAGUUGAUGGUGUAAAUUGGCAACUGUUAAGAGUUUCUAAAGCUGAUGUUUUGAGUGUUAGCCCUUUGUCAUUCACUUUGAUGUAGGACUAAUACUUGAAAUGUCUGCCCAAGAAACACUUUACAAUGACCAAUUUAAACCGUCAACUCAGUUGAUAAAACCAAACUACCUUGUUAACUUCUACUUAUGCAGCACCAUGAUUUCUUUGGAAACUUAUACCCUUUAUUUUUGUACAAGUAUCAUGCUAAGUGAUGCAUUGCGAGAUACAUGAUUUUGAAAAUUGAAUAAGAGAGAUGGUAACUUUUGAGCUUGGUAAAAAAGUAGAGAAAGACGCUUUUUGUCUUGUCUUGAGCAUGGGAGUCCUCAUUAGGAAUUAAAACUCGGAUCUUCAGAUUUUGCACUUCGAUGCUCUACCAUUGAGCUACAGAGAUUCUUUGGUGAGCAAGGUCCAUGAUGUACUUAUAGAGCGACCAAAAUGUAAAAAUAGUAGUCGUUGUUGUACUAAAGAUAUUUAGAAGUGACGCUCUAGAUGUACAGCAGAUAAGCAGUUACACUGUAUUCCACUGAGUUUGUUAUUACUAACAAUUAUUCUAGGUUGUUAUAAAAUUCUCAUUUUCAUUUAUUUUAGAGCUAGCUCCCACAGUAGUUACAUAUUAUGGGAAUCGUUCAGCGGCAUACAUGAUGAUCGGGAAUUAUGACAAGGCUUUAGAAGAUGCUCAGACUGCCAUCAAAACUGAUGAGAAUUUUAUGAAGGUUGGUCAAGAUCCUCAAAAUAUCUUUUUGAUAUCCUAAUAAUCAGCUGUUUGUUUUAACAAUUUAUAUCCUGGCAAGUCUUAACACUCCACCCAAAAGUAACUCUUCAACAAAGUUUAAAUAUCAUGCUAUCAACUUGGGAAUUUAACUGUCACUUGGUAGGAUCACAUGACAAUGCCAUGCAGAUAUUUCUCUGACGUAUAUUUUUUAAUAAAAAAUUAGCAAUAACAAUGAACAAUGUUUUGGCCUCUCUAAGGUCAUUAUAAACUUGAAAAUGACCUUGCAGAGGUUGAAACAUUAUUCCUGUUUGUUGUUAAUUUUUAUGAAUGUUGCUUUAGAUUGAGAUACAACAUAAAUAUUUGGGAUUCUGAUUAUUUCAUGGUAUUAGUUUUCUUCUUCCUUACUGAGGGGGAAAGUUUUGGAAAGAUCUUUUCUGGUAGAUGACAGAAAUUGCAAUACUGCAUUUUCAUUUUCAUAACAUACUGUUUAAUUCAGUCAAGUAUUUAGAAGAAUUACAGCAUUUCCAUUUUAAAUAAUCAAAGAGAAAUCUGUGUAUUGUUUCUGGUUUUUGGCAUAUGCACAAUGACUAGACAAAAUGGGUGCAAAAUCUAAUGGGAAACUUAACCCUUAACUCCCAAGAUCUGAUUAUUAAUUCUCCCCUGUAGCUGCUACACAUUUCCUUGUAAAUUAGUUAUGAGAACUUGGUGCUAGAUCAAGAUAGCAGGUUCUACCCGAUAAGUUUGAAUAUUCUCAUUACCUGUUUGCUGAAGAAUGUAUGGAUGUUGCAGGGAGAAGCUUUAUGUUAAUCACUUCUGGGAGGUAAAGGGUUAAAUUGUAGAAUUUGAUUUAUGAGUGAAAGAACAUGUACUUGUUAAGUUUACAAUUCAGUUUACUUACAAGCUAGAUAUAAAGCUGGUCUGAACUUUUUAAUUCUCGGCUAAAGGCUGGUUAAAAGGAAUAUUGAUAGGGGAAAUUUUGUAGUGGAUGUCAAAAAUGUUUCCCUAUUUGAAACAACAAAUUUUUGUAUUCAUAUACUAUAGAAAAUAUUAAUAGUAGUCAGUUAAGAGAAUUACCAUAAGUUUCAGAUUUUGUGAGGAACUUUGUAAAUUUUCUUGUUUCAAAGGGUUAUUUCAGGACUGCUAAAUGUCACCUUGUCAUGGGAUCCAUUGGGAAUGCAAUAAACUAUUUGCAGAAGGUUCUUGAGAAGGAUCCUAAAAACAAAGAUGCUCAAGAUGAUGUAAGUUAAUUUUUGGUAGAAUGAACUGUAAGGUGUUAUGAUUAUGAACCCUGUGGAAUUUGACAGAAAAGACUAUACCAUAGGCUUAAGGUGUACAAAUGAUAGUCUCCAUUCCAUUUGUUACUAAAAUAUGCCUGGUUAUUUGUUCACGGACAUAAUCUGCUCCAAGAAGCGGACAGUUUUCCCAAGAGCAAAGCUUGUGGCAAUCUGUGAGCUUAGUGGUUAGGUAUCAGAUGUCCAAGAUUUUGGUACUCCUACCCAGUACAUCAAAUUAACUUGUAAGAUAUCACAAGGAAGAUUUUAAGCCUUAAUUUAACCCUUUAAUUCCCAACAUCUCAUUAGCAAUUCUCCUUUCUUUCUGCCAAAUGAUUCUCAUUAUGUUAGUUUUGGAGAAUUGGUAUCAGAUCAAUUAGUAAGUAAGUAUAUAGUAAGGAGAAAUUCUGUCCUGGUCUCUCACAGGAGUUAAAGGCUUAACCCUAUAAAUCCCAUGAGUGACAAAAAUAAAAUUUCUCCUUACAAUAUCAAUACAAUAUUAACCAGAUAAGUGAUGAGAAAGAAAAAUAUUAAUUAGGGGAUUAUUAGUUGAUCCAAUAUCAAAUUCUCCAAACUAAAAUCAUGAGAAUUGUAUGGCAGACAGUAAGGAGAUUUGCUAAUGAGAUCUUGGGAGUGAAGGGGUUAAGGAAAGCACAGUCAGUGAGACAUAUUCUUGAGUUUUAUUUUUCCACUGAAAUUUUUAUUUAAUAUCCAGCUGCGCACGGCAACAAGGGCUCAAGAUUAUGAGGCAUCUGCAUUUAAAGCUCAUGAUGAGGAGGAUUACAGAAAGGUAUGGCCCUGUCAUGUCAGUGUGCAAGCCCUUGUAAUUUUACCAUAUGUUAAUAAUUUCUGGGAAUUAAAGGUUUUCAUACCUUGAAUUCAUCUGUAAGACAUGUUGAUCUCACUCAAGCAUUUAGAGCAUUGAGAUGUUAUUAUCAGUAUAUCAUUCAGGGUUGGUCUCAUAUUGUGAUGUUUUCAUGCACAACAGGUUAUCUAUUACUUGAAUCAUAUCCUUGAAAGUUGUCCUGCUUGUGCACUUUACAAAGUGAUGAGAGCAGAAGCUUAUUGCCUGAUGGGGAAAUACAGUGAUGCAUUAAGAGAUGUGCAGUAAGUACAACUCUAACUGUGCAACUGAUGAUAAAUUUGUAAGUGACAGAUUGUUAUUGACUGUGUACAUGAUCAAGUCUUUAACUUAUUUCCAUUUUUUUUAUAAAUUGAUUCCACGUUUCCUUGGGUCUGUUCAGUACCAGAUCACAGAUGACGUCAAAAUGUGGUCACAACAAAAAAAGUGCGCAUCAGGUGCAGCCAAGUGUGUCAGUGAUGUUUUCACCACAUUUCUGUGUUUUCAUUAUCUUUUACCAAAGAAGCAAAAAUUGUCUAUGAUAAUGCCAUCUAUGUGUCUGUCCUCCAAUAGAAAAUAACCAGUCAAAAUGCACUUGUCAUUCAGCUUAUUAUAUAAAUUUAAUUCAUCCCCAGGAAUAUCUUAAUAGAUGACUCAUUAAAUUCUGAUGCACUUUAUGUAAAAGGGCUCUGUUUAUACUAUCAGGUAUGGCAUUCUCUUUACUCCUUCCACUCUUAAGAUUUAAAUAUAGAUUCUCUACCCUCUGUGCUAUACAUUUCUUAUAGAUUAAGCACUGAGAAUUGGGUUUUAAAUCAAACAGCUUUCCCUAAGGUGUAUUAACUUUUUCUUUCUUCUCGUCACCAUUCCACAUUGAUAUUGUAAUGAGAAAUUCCUUUUUGGUCACUCUUUUUUACUUUGGAAAUGCAAAGGAACCUCUGAAAUGGAAUUUAGAAAGGGGGGAAGUAAGAAAAGAGAGGAAAUGGUUGUCAGUUGUAUUUAUUUCUUUUGCUUUUGAUUUCAGGACUAUGUCGACAAAGCGUUCCAACAUUUUAGUCAAGUUUUAAGGAGAGAUCCAGACCACAAGAAAGCAAGACUGGCACUUAAGGUUCAAUAAUGUUUAUUUUACCUUGUAUAGAGCAGUUUUCAAUUGACAGUCGAACUAUUCAUUCAGAACAAAGGAAGAGGCAAUGAGAGCUCAAAGUAAAAACAAGCGCUUCACCAAAAGCGCGGGAAAACGCGGGUGACCAAGUCGUGAUUGGUGUUAGUUUUGCUUGUGAUUGGCUCAGAGAGUGGCACGAGUUUUCUGGACCAAUCAAAGAGCGAAGUAAAGCGAAACCCAUGCAAUUCCCGAUUACUUUUGACACUUUCAAAAUUUUCUCUUACGAGGGCUAAUAAGCCUAUCCCACUUGCCCAGCCCCAUUUCUUUUUAAGGAAUAAUCAGUCUGUUUUUCUGUUCUGUAGAAAGCGAAACAUUUACAAUCCAAGAAGGAUGAGGGAAACGAGGCUUUCACCCGUGGGAAAUAUCAACUGGCUUAUGACACGUACACUGAAGCAUUGACAAUUGACCCGCGCAAUAAAUCAACAAAUGCUAAGCUGUGUUACAACAGAGCGCUGGUCUGCUCCAAGGUGAGUCUUCUCUGAAUGAGAGUCCGCAUGCUCGGGUCCAUGCCGGGCUGACCGGUGGUCAAAUCUCAUAGGGCAUGCGUAAAUGGAUCAAUUUUGGCAGGCUGCGCGCCAAUUUCCCACGCAAAAUGAUGUAGGAAAACGUAAUAUACAACCGCUGUCACGUAAUUGUGGGACAAAUUUUAAACUCUCAUAGAAAUCUGUAACAGAAAACAAGGACAUUAAAUUUCAGUUCCUGAUUAUUCAACAGUGAUAUCUUUUAGAAGUUGUUCUUAUGAUAUUUAAUAAAUGGUUCAUCUGUAGUCGCAAUAUAUACUCACUAUCACUUGAAGAUCGCGACGUAUCGACUGCAAUACUGCUAGUCUUAGGCUGGGAAGAUACCACUUGACAAGGAAAAGCAGCCUACAAUACGAGAUGGAGAAAUUACUGCAUUACACGCGUGCAAUGUGCGUGGACAGUGCGUGGUCACUGCGUGGAGAGGGGGUGAUGCGCGUAAACUGCAUGCACAUUCCACGCGAGUAAUACUGCAAUCCUUCCAGCCUGUACUGUGUACACCUCUCUGACGAAGGACUAACGCUCAAAAUGUCAGCUUUGAAACCCUUAACGGUGGCCAAUUACGUUAUCAACUCAGUUGAUAAUUAAUACCAAAUUACCUCUGUAUACAGUUAGUCUCUGUCACGCAUCAUCACCAGUGAUGAUAUGUAAAACAGCGAAGAAUAGCAUCGCUAACUGCAAUUGGUCAAAGUUCCCUGCUAAUAACAAACUAUUUGCUUAUUAUACAGUUAAACCAAACAGAGAAGGCUAUUGAGGACUGCAGUCAAGCUGUAGAACUGGACUCGACUUACCUUAAGGCUUACAUCAAGAGAGCAAGAUGGUUAGUUUCAUUAAAAACUCAACGCCUCCUUAUUUGCCCUUAUUCUCAUAGAGACGAGCGUGGCUGCGCGCUUCUUGGUGCCUCUACGCUUACGCGUAACAACGCCCUCGCGUGGGCUGAUUCAAAUUAUUUGUUGCCAUUUAUUUGUGCACUUGUCACGGGAGAUAAUUUCCCUACAACUUUUUUAUCUCUGUUAUCAAGAAGUGAUCCUGCAAUAGCUCAAACUCGACGAAAAGAAUGCGCCCGGGGUUUCUCUCGGAUCUUUCAAACUCCAAACAUCAGUUACGGCUGUUGAUCUCGAGGGGAGCAACCAUUAUUUGUCGCCUCGGGGUCGAAAGAUUUGUGGGGGGGUCCCAUGGUUUUCAGGGGAGAAGGGAAAGGGGGGGGGGGGGCUAUAGAAUAUAGACUGUCAUUGAGAGGAGAACAUUAGUAUGCUACUAAACAUAUUAAUGUAUCGGGUAAAUUUAUCGUGACGCAACCAAAAUCUACCGACCCCUCCCCCCCCCCGACGAUUAAUGACCAGUCCCUUUUGUUAACUAGAUUUAUCUGUUCCCUGCUCGUUGGUAAUUAAGAUAACUUGAAAUUAUUUUUUCAGCUACAUGGAAACAGAAAAAUUCGAAGAGGCCGUACGAGAUUUCGAGAAAGUGUGUAGAAUGGACAGAUCUCGAGGUGAUAAUCUAAUUGUGGGAAAUAGUAGUAAAUGCUUUUGGAAAGUGCUCAAUACACACGAGUGUAGAGCGAAAUACAGUUCAAAAUGACUAAAAUGAAACACGCAUGAUUCCCUGUUACUCUGAGUUUCGUGCUUACGCACUCGUCAGACAGAUUUAAUGAAAAACUAAACUAAACUUGUUCAAUUGCGUGCGUGCGUUACUUAACACGUUGACCUGUAGGCUGAGUGUGUCUUUUUUCUUUCAGAGUAUCGACUUCUGCUGGAGGAAGCAAAAAUGGCUUUGAAAAAGAGCAAAAGAAAAGAUUACUACAAAAUUUUAGGGAUUGCUAAAGGUGCCACUGAAGACGAAAUAAAGAAAGCUUACAAGAAAGAGGCGCUGAAACAUCACCCAGGUCAGACGUGGGAAACAGGGGUAGAAGCAUCAUUUCUCCAAAUGGAAAGCCAAUUUUACAAACUCAAAAACCAUUUGCUUUGGUCUAGUAGAGCUGCAACAUUUCCUUACUCAAAGUGUCCUGAAAAUGGUUUCCCGCAAACAGACCCUUAUUAUUGUAAGGCAGGACGCGCGUUCCUCCGCGCGCGGGGAAGAUGUGAGACGAGUCGAGGAGAGCUUUACCGGGGUUUGGCACUAAUGAGAAAUGCUAAACCCCUUGCAAACCUUUCGCAGGCUCACGUUGCUCGCGGGCUCACGUUGCUCGCGGGCUCACGUUGCUCGCGGGCUCACGUUGCUCGCGGGCUCACGUUGCUCGAGACCUCGUACUUUGCCGCGCGCGGGCGAACAAACGUUCUUGCCCAAGCGCUAAUACUAAAGGCUUGCUCGCUGGUAAUGAAAAUGCGAAGAAGUUUACAGUGAACAUAACUUUUCUUUACUUGUUCAUUCGUUCGCUCUCUCAUUCAUUCGUUCAUUCAGUUAUGUACUUACGUUUGUAUUCAUCCUAUAUUUCAUUGUUGAUUAAAUGAUUGACUAAGUUAUCUAAUUAUGUAGUAGUUUUAGAAAGCAGCUGACCGUUCUUCUUGCUGUACGUAUUGUUAGUACAGUUUACAUCCUUACCAAUCUAGUUUUUUUCCUCUACAGAUCGUCAUUCUGGGGCAACAGAAGAAGUCAAGAAAAGCGAGGAGCUGUUGUUCAAAGAGGUUUGUUAAACUCGUCCUACCCAUAUUCGAAUGCGUAUUCAUUUUUUCCAUCUUCCCAUCGUAUCUUACUUGGUAUUUUCUGUAUCUGUUGAUAUGACCGUGUGAUUGUCAACUGUUAAACGCUCUUUAAUAGUGUUAGCUCCUGCUGGGCUUUAAAAAAAAGGGUGCGUGAAAAUGAGCAGGGAAUAGCGACUGUUUCCUUUGCAACUGCAGCUUCUGCUUCUCACUCACCCGCCCUUACGUUCGUCUUCUCUGAAUGAGAAAACGCAUGCCCUUCGCUCAAACCUAAGGCAUGCGUAGAUGGAUCAACUUUGGACAGCUGUGCGCCGAAUUCCCGCGCAACAGGACAUAGGAAGACACAAGAAACAAUCGCUGUCACUUAAAUUGCAACACUCUCGUCACACUCUGGUGUUUAUUUUAGGUAAAUGAAGCUUACAGUGUGCUAUCAGACCCCAAGAAAAAGGCAAGAUAUGACUCGGGUCAAGAUCUCGAAGACGGCAUGCUGAUGUCAGGUAGGUUGGCAGCCUGUGAUCUGGGAUCUAGUGCAUUUAAAGUGGUGUCCGUGGACUCAAACAAGACUUCUUUUCACUCCCCAAAUGUUAUUUAUCUAUUUAUUAUUUUUUUUAAUUAGGGAAGGGAAGAUUGGUUUUAUUGUGUGCCAACUUUCCAGACAAUUAUCUGGGAAAAUAAUUUUCAAUUAUGAAUUAUGAUGUUUACGCUUUGUUUCAUGGAACCCCUCCCCCCUUUCCUCCUCCCCCGCGCCACGUCAUUGGUCAUGCUCAAAGUGUUUACAAACCUUUUUUCAAUUGUUUGAACAGAUAUCGACCCCAGAGAUAUAUUUCAAGCAUUUUUCGGAGGGCAUGGAGGAUUCGGUGGGUUUAACUUUGGAGGACCUGGAGGUAUGAUGUUCAGCAUUGUUUUUUAUUUUGUUUUUGUUGUUGUUGUUGUUGUUUUUAAUGUUUUUUAACGGACCAGCUUGGAUGGAUGGUCAAUGGUCACGUUUGUCAAUAACACGAGCUAGAUAAAAGUAAUUACUUGCGUGCUUCGCGCAUUGCGCUUACGUGAAAACGCAAAACAGUAAAAAUGACAAUGCCAAUGAUAACAGUAAUGGUGUUAAUGGUUAUGACGGUAGUGAUGUUAAUGAUACGAAAUAACGUCUGAUUUGUAGAUUAUCCAAUGUGGAAUGUGACUUAAAAUGUCGCGCUUCUUUGUCGCGUGACUGCCCACAUACAUCACCUAUCAAUGUGGCUUAAAAUGUCACGCUUCUUUGUCGCGUGACGACUUACAUGCAUUGCGUGACUCCUUUUCUUGUCUACAUGAUUUUCUCUUUUAAUCUUUCAGGUGGUGGUUUUUCAUCAGGAGGCUUCCCCGGUGGUUUCCAGUUUACAUUUGGUUAACUUCUACUUUUGCCAUCUUCCAUUAUCCACAAAUAUAUCACAAAAAUAUAAUGCUGACAAGACCACUCGUUCGAGGCAUCUUUUUCGCAAUAGUAACAUUAUUUCUUGCACAAGGAGUGUCAGUUCAAACUCCAGUGAGACGCAAUUUUGCGUUCAGGUUGACAAUGGCGGAGAAUUUGUUGGAAGGAGAGAGAGGAUCAAGAUAGGGAAUGACGUAAUUCAAAUCGCGUGUUAAUCAACAGAGAAGCUAAUUCAUUCGUCUGGUUUACUAUCAGGAGGAACUUCCCCGAACUUCCCCUCCCUUCCCCGUAUUUCUCCCUUCUUUGCGCCCCCCCCCCCACCUCCCUACUCCCUAACAUCGUAUAUUGAGUGUUAAUUUAAUCUGAAACGCAUUCUAUAACAUCUUUUGUAGCAGAACAAUUAGACAAACGUAGAAAUGAUCUCCAUGAUCUUUAUAAAUUUAUCUAAGUAAUUUAUAAUUUUUAUUUUGUCAAUUUUAUUUUUAUUUUAUCUCUAAAACUUAACCCUUUUUCACCUAAGAGUUAAAUUUCAAUUCUCCACACUGUUUGCCGUACAUGUCUUGG